AUGGUGGAGACGGCCAAGGAGGACACAGAACCUGCUGAGGCAAACAUCACGGGACUGUGCCAGGACAUGUUCUCCAAAAUGGCCACAUACCUGACAGGUGAGCUGACAGCCACCAGUGAAGAUUAUAAACUUCUGGAAAAUAUGAACAAACUGACUAGCUUGAAGUAUCUAGAAAUGAAAGAUAUUGCAGUAAACAUAAGUAAAAACCUAAAAGACUUAACCCCAAAAUAUGAAGCAUUUCAGUCUUAUCUGGAUCAGAUCACCUUCAUUCAGGAGCAAAUAGCAAUUCUUGAGCAGGCAGCUUACAAGUUGAAUGCAUAUUCAAAGAAACUAGAAGCAAAGUACAAGAAGUUAGAGAGGCUAUGA